GCGUCUACAAAAAGAGCAGGACUUCUGGUUUCAGUUUUUUAGAGAGAAAGAGCGAGAGAAAGGAGUUUUCGAGAGAGAGAGGAGGGGCUUUAGUGUUUACUGAGGAAGAGAGAGAUGGACGCCUAUGAGAAGAUUGAGAAGGUGGGAGAGGGGACGUAUGGGAAGGUAUACAAAGCUAGAGAUAGAGAAACGGGCAUGAUUGUUGCCCUCAAGAAGACGCGCCUCCAUGGCGAUGAAGAAGGGGUUCCGCCCACUACCCUUAGGGAGGUCUCCCUGCUGAAAAUGCUCUCCAUGGAUCCCCAUAUUGUCAGGCUCCUAAGUUUGAAGCAAAGCCACAAUAAGGAGGGGAGGACUGUUCUUUACCUGGUUUUUGAAUACAUGGAUACCGAUCUCAAGAAGUACAUCAAAAGCUUUCGCAAUGAAGGCAAGAAAGUGCCACCUGAAAUGGUGAAGAGCUUGAUGUACCAGCUGUGCAAAGGAAUUGCAAUCUGCCAUGGUCAUGGGGUUCUUCACAGGGAUCUGAAGCCCCACAAUCUCUUAAUGGACAGAAAGACUGGAAGGCUUAAAAUAGCAGAUCUUGGGCUUAGCAGAUCUUUCACAGUCCCUCUUAAAAAGUACACACAUGAGAUUUUGACACUCUGGUAUAGAGCUCCUGAGGUGCUUCUGGGUGCUACUCAUUAUUCAACUCCAGUUGAUAUAUGGUCAAUCGGAUGCGUAUUUGCUGAAUUGGUCACAACCCAAGCACUCUUUCCAGGAGAUUCUGAAUUGCAGCAGCUUCUCCACAUAUUCAGAUUGCUUGGAACUCCUGAUGAUGCAAUGUGGCCUGGUGUAAGCAAACUAACAAACUGGCAUGAGUAUCCACAGUGGCGCCCUAAAGAUUUGGUCUCUGCUGUUCCUGGUUUGGAACGAAGUGGUCUAGACCUGCUUUCUAAAAUGUUGCAGUAUGAACCGUCCAGGAGGAUUUCAGCGAAAGCGGCCAUGCAGCAUCCUUACUUUGAUGGCCUGGACAAAGCCAAUCUUUGAAGGCCCAUCCCUUAUACUGGAUUUUCUCUAAUGACUGAGCAGGAAAACCAGGGGGGAUGGUCAUAUGCUUUCUUCAAGCAUUUGUUAGCAUAAUUACUGUGAAUCUAUUGACAUAAUUGGACG